UAACACUCUCACUCACCUUGCCGUUUUAGUUUUCCCUUUCACGCUCUCACUCUCACUCACCUUGCAGGGUCGCGUUCCUUCUCUUUGCCUCGCUUUCCCUCUCCCUCUCAAGUGCAGUUUCAGUUUUCUGCUCCUUGCAUCGCCUUCCCUCUCCUGGUCGCGUUUCAGUUUCAGUUACCUCUCUCUUCUUGCGUUCUCUCUCACGGCGAAGGUCACCCUCCCUCACCGCCGUCUUCUUCCUUUUCCGGUCCACAAAAUGGCUUCUGCACUUGAGAACAAUGAACCGGUUUCAACCAAUCCUGUUGUUAUGGCUGUGGAUGAACUUGUCCAACCCGAUUCGAGUCAGCUACAAGAAAAUGAACAAGGAAAUGAUCUAGUAGGCGAAGAGGCGGUUGUCAAGAGAAAGAGGAAGAAAACAUCAUCUGUUUGGGAAGAUUUUUAUGAAGUUAACCUUGUCGGAGGUAAAAUGAAAGCUGUUUGCAAGUAUUGCAAACAAAAAUUUGCAACUAGUGGAGUAGGGGCUAGUACUAGCCAUUUGAGAAGGCAUGGAGAAGUUUGCACACAAAAGUCGCUGCAGAAGGCUAGUGAAAAAAAGCAGAGUGUCAUUCCUUUUCAGCCUUCUAAUGGUAAUCCAUUUAUAAUAUCUGGUGCUAGAUACAACAAUGAAAAGAUGAGGGAGAUAAUUGCUUCUGCGAUAAUGGUUCAUGAAAUGCCUUUUAAUGUUGUUGAAGAUGAAGUUUGGAUGUGGGCAUUCCAGUAUGCAAAUUCUGAUUUUACAAAGGUGACUCGUAAGACUAUUAGAAAAGAUUGUUUAGCAUUGUAUGAGGCAGAGAAGAAAAUUUUGAAGACUAUGCUGAAUAGUGUGAACAAGAUUAGCUUGACAACAGAUAUGUGGAAAUCAAGCCACAAAGUAACUGAAUAUAUGGUGCUCACAGGUCACUUCAUUGAUGUUGGGUGGAAGCUUCAGAAAAGAGUUUUGAGUUUUGUGAAAGUUCCUGCUCCGAGGCGUGGGGUUGAUGUUGCUGAUGCCAUUUUCAAGUGUUUGAAAGUUUGGGGGCUUGAAAAUAAAGUCUUUUCUGUUUCUGUUGACAAUGCUGCCUAUAAUGAUACAUGCUUAAAAAAUCUCAAGGAUACCUUAUCAUUAAGCAGCAAAUUAUUCCUUAACGGUGCUUUGUUUCAUGUUAGGUGUUGUGCGCACAUAUUAAAUUUGCUGGUGCAAGAUGGCCUAGGAAAGAUCAAGAGUAUCAUUUUCAAUGUUCGUGAAAGUGUAAAAUACAUCAACUACAAUGAUGCAAGAUUAAAGAACUUUUGUGAUGUGGUUGAACAGAAGCGUUUGAAAGAGAGGAAGCUUAUCAUGGAUUGCCCAACAAGAUGGAAUUCAACAUUUCGUAUGUUGGCAACUGCUUUGAAAUUCAAGACUGCAUUUGAUGCUUACAAGGAAAGAGAGCCCCAUUAUGAUUAUACACCUUCAUCUGAAGAUUGGAGCAAAGUUGAGAAGGUUUGCAAACUUCUAGAAGUGUUUGAUCUAGCUACUCAUGUUAUAUCAGGUAGUGAGUAUCCGACUUCAAAUUUAUACCUUGCGGAAGUUUGGAGAGUUAAACAAAUGUGUCGCAGCUGUCAAUUGGUGGUUAUGGAGCAUUUCAAAAUGGAAUACACUUCAGUGCUAAAUAAUAUUCCUAUGGAAUGUGAUGGACGAAUCACAAAUAAUGGGAAAGAAUUGAAGAGAGGCAUAAAAGCAAGGAGAAAAGAAAGGGAGAAAAGAGUUUUCUUCAAUUGCAAGAUUAUCAAGGAAUCAAAUGCUUAGAGAUUGUCAAUAAAUGAGGCAGAAUCAAUCAUGCAGCACUUGAUGACCUUGGUUCAAUUUACAGCUGUGAGAAGAGAAUACAAGGUGGAGAGAAUGAAGCUGCAGAAGCCACUUCAUUGAAGAUGAGAUAAAAAGUGCUGCUUCUGAAGAAAAUUUCUAAUGGAAUCAUCCAUUCAUUGGCAGAUUUGUAUUUGCCUAAAAAAGUUGCUUGAAGCAUGAAGUCGAGAGAGGAUCGAUCCUUAUUAAUUCUUUUGCUCCAUUUAUCUCUAACUAUUUACUUUUAUUA